ACUUGUUGCAUAAGUACAGAUGUUUCGGUAAACAGGCGGUCACACUUGACCGGAUUAUAAAAAUAUAGCAAUGUACUUAUUAAGUCAUUCUACGCAGUAGAUUUGGCAAAGUAAGGUAUUUUACAUUAGCGUAUUCUUUUGAUGCUUGCUAGAUUUUGUAUUUCUGAAGGUAUUAAAGCAUCAAUUUCAUUGCAUUCGUUAAAAAAUAUUAGAAGUUAUUCUGUCGGAAUGUCUAAAUUUGAACUUCCGGACCGCUUGAAAGGCAAUGAAAAAUCAGUGUGGGUUGAAUAUAUUCAGCUUGCUUUAAAGUAUAAACCAUUGAACUUAGGUCAAGGUUUUCCAGACUUUCAUGCUCCUGAGAAUGUAACAAAAGCUUUAGCUGAUGCAACCACAAGUGACAAUCCUCUUUUAAAUCAGUAUACUAGAGGGUUUGGUCAUCCUCGUUUAGUAAAUGUAAUUGCAAAAUUAUAUUCUAAGCUUUUAAAUCGUACUUUAGAUCCACAAAAUGAAGUUCUUGUAACUGCUGGUGCUUACGAAGCAUUAUAUGCUACAUUACAAGGUCACACCAAACCUGGUGAUGAAUGGAUAAUUAUUGAACCAUUCUUCGAUUGUUAUGUGCCUAUGGUUAAAUCUGCUGGUGGAGUUCCAAGGUUCAUUCCUCUGAAACCCAAAAAUUCAAGUGGUCCUCUGAGUUCAUCAGAUUGGGUCUUUGACAAACAGGAAUUGGCAAGUUUAUUCAAUGAAAAAACCAAAGGGAUAAUAGUUAAUACUCCACAUAAUCCUGUGGGAAAAGUAUUCACCCUAGACGAAUUACAGUUCAUUGCUGACUUAGCUAAAAAAUGGAAUACCCUGGUGGUAUCAGAUGAAGUAUAUGAAUGGCUCGUUUAUGAGCCAUAUAAACAUGUUAGAAUUGCAUCGUUGCCUGAUAUGUAUGAACGUACAAUCACGAUUGGCUCUGCCGGUAAAACAUUCAGUGUGACUGGAUGGAAAAUAGGUUGGGCCUAUGGUCCAGCAAAUUUAUUAUAUAAUUUACAAGUUGUUCAUCAAAAUUCAGUAUAUACUUGUGCAACACCACUUCAAGAAGCAGUAGCGAUUGGGUUCGAACAGGAAUUGGAAAGAUUUGGUCAACCAGAUUGUUACUUCGUGAGUUUAGCUAAAGAAUUACUACCAAAGCGAGAUUACAUGGCGAAGUUCCUCAGCGAUGUAGGAAUGUCUCCGACGAUUCCUGAAGGUGGAUAUUUCAUGGUUGCCAAUUGGACGGCUUUGAAAGAUAAAGUCAAGUUAGACGAAGAAACGGAUGAAAAUAAGGAUUAUAGAUUUACGAAGUGGAUGACGAAAAAUGUCGGAGUUCAAGGAAUUCCUCCAUCUGCAUUUUAUAGUCGCGAACAUAAGCAUUUAGGGGAAGACAAUGUUCGAUAUUGUUUCAUAAAGAAAGAUGAAAAUUUGAAGGAGGCAGCUAAAAUUUUAACGAAGUGGAAAUCUCAACAGUAAUAUGGACUGAUAUAGAAGAAAUGGCAAGACAUAUUUUAAUAUAGUGCCAUACAUGUUUGCAGUUCAAGUUAGUGUUAUAUUUUAAACAUUAAGCACAUUAUGCAACUUCCACAUCUAUAAUAUUUAUUUGUAUACGGGCAUUACAAUUUUUAUGUGGUACAAUUUUUUAAAUAUGACGGUUGUACAGCGACACAUACGUACAUCUUAUGCAGAGAAAUCUCCACGAAGCCACCGUUUUGCAUCUUUAGUGUCAGCUCCGAAGGUUUUACCGAACCUGAAAGUAAUGAAUAUUAAAAUAAAACAAUACUCUUUCAAAACGUGUCGAAGUCGAAUCUAAUUAGCCACCUAAACGUUUCGCCAGGGACAUGACCAAGGUAAUUUGGAAGCAUUCCAACGUGCUUGUGGUAAAGUGUCGUUGGUUGAAUCAGAAGUGGCGGAUCAGGUCGUGUAAUUGUUACGGGUGCCCAUUCAGUGCUCUGUCGUUUUCGAUAAUUGGAUGAAAAUUCGCAAAGAGCGCUGUUGGUAGCAGGAACGUUCGAUGCUCCAAAAUGCGAAUGUCCAUACGGUAUAUGACCCGCAUAUCCUUAAACAAUCAAAACGUUCUUAUCAAUGUAAUCUAACAGACAUUUUAGUCCCAUACUUCUAACUUUUUCUCGAAUGAACGAGUAUCGCAUUCGUUGUUCGCUUUCCGUAAGAUCCAUCUGUUCUACAAUUUCUUCAAUCAAUUAUUUUUAUAAAUACUAUUGUUUGAAUCAUUUUGAUCAAUCUCGUCGAAGAUGAAAUAUUUCGUAAAACAGUUGAAUCAUACCAUGACAUUAGUUACAAGACUUUUAAGCUGCGGGAUCAAUCGAAGACAAAUUCAAGGUAACAGGUUCAACAGAAGAGGCUUACUGCUGAUAAAAUACUUCUUCGGAUUUGCAUUAUCCAUAAAGUACGGUGAAGGGGCGUGGUCUCUGGGUUUUUCAUACUGCUCGUCCAAAAAUAAAUUCCUCAUUACACCCACGCAAUCUGGCCGCACCGACAGCAUUGGCAAUUUAAAUUGACUCUUGAUAAGCUGCAUAAGAAUUGCGAUAUACCUUCGUUAGCUAGAGUGUUAUAUUUUUUCUUAGUUCAGUGGUUCCCAAACUCUUUUGGUUCGCUAAACUUAAAUUCUCAAAUUUGAUAUAGUUUAGAAGGCACUGUAAAAUAUUGCAGUCCUUUCUUACUAAACGAUCUUCCAUAUUUCGUGGUUCGCCAUAUCCACCCUGAAUGUCUAUAGCUCUUUUGAGUUCAUUGAGUGCAGCUUUGUUUUGUAACUGAUGUCGCUCAAAUUCAGCCAGGCCCUCAGUAGCAACUACCGUGUACCUCUGUCCGAGACUGGCAUUCAGCCUAGGUGUAAAACCUAGAACAUACUUAAAUUGUUAUCGAUACGGUGUAAUUAUUUAUACAUAUUUUAUGUACCUUCGUAGCCAGGUAAUAAUGGAUGUUUGUAAAUAGGAUCAGUCCUUUUGUAUCGAGCAUUUACUAUAUCUAUGUCAUUCUUUGGCGGUCUUUGAACCUGACGAUAAGCAAAUAGCGAUUAGUGGGUAUCCGGAAAUAGAAUAAUAAAAGGAAUGAAACAUUGACUAAUAUACUUCGUAGUCAUCGGUAACUCGGUUUGAUAAUACGAGCGUUUCCGCAUGAUUUACUGUGGGAUCAAGAAGCAACUUGUGCGUGAGACUUCCAUAUGUUUCGCCACAUCUGUACCGGUAUUGAGGACAAUAUCCAUCGUAUCUAAAAUAAACGAUUUGUUUUUCUUUCUUUUUUUAUCAACGAUAUUUGUAAAAGGGAAAGAUAAUGAUACGUGAGAGAAUCGUUUCGUAGAACAUUUAUGUCUUUCUGAAAGUGGUAUAUUUAGAACUACUAGCAUGUACGUUUAUACGAAUAACAAAAUGGGUGCUAUUUUUUAAUUGAAAAUAAAUAAAAAAUAAAGAGUGAAACAUUAAGUAUG